AUGAUUAUACAGGCUGUAUGGGUUCCUGGAUAUUUCGGACAAAAUUGUAACCAAACAUGUUCAGAGAACUGUCAGGGUAAACAGUGUGACGCCGUGACUGGUUAUUGUGUGGAUGAUUGUACUCCAGGAUAUCAAGGACUGCAGUGCAAUAUUUUGUGCGAUCAACAAACCUAUGGCUUUGGGUGUUCUCUAUCCUGUGGUAACUGUACUGACGGAGAAACGUGUCACCACAUCACUGGCACGUGUCCUAGAGGCUGCAGUGAAGGGAUGAAAGGAGAUAAGUGUCAGACUGUCUGUCAGCUGGGUUUAUAUGGUAAGGACUGCAGUGGGAAUUGCAGUGUUAACUGUGGAAUGACCAGACGAUGUGACAGGUUUACUGGAGAGUGUGUGGAAGGAUGUAAGCCAGGGUGGAGGGGAAUACGUUGUGAUCAAAAAUGCUACAAUAGGACGUAUGGAGAGGGCUGCAGUCUGAGUUGUGGUCAUUGUCGUAACGAUACACAAUGUCAACAUAUCAAUGGUUCAUGUUUAGAAGGCUGUGACCCGGGAUACGAAGGGACAAUUUGUCAAAAAGAAUGUAGACAAUUAUACUGGGGUCUUAAUUGUAACCAGACCUGCAGUACGGACUGUGUCAACCGGAUAUGUCACCAUGAGUCUGGAGUGUGUCAGGUGUAUGUAAAG